AUGUUAGAUAUUAUUCAUAAAAAAGUAAAGUUGGAUAUUGAAUAAAUCUAUAUUGACAAAUCCUGUCGAACCCCUAAUCAUCAGAGGGAAAACGAAUCUCAAUCAACUAAAUUGUAUUAAGACGUAAUCAAUGAUCUCCCUAUUACAGGAGAAUGUGACUAAUCAUUCUCUUUGGAUUCAGAAAUCAUUCAAUUACUUAAAUAUUCUUAGUAUUAUGGAAUGCAAAUACUUUCUAAAUUCGUUGACUCUUCAAUCCUCAUCGAAAAACUCAGACUCAAGCAGGUGUCAUUGAAAAAAGAAUUGAUGAUCUAUUUCCUUUAAAAUGUUAGAAAUCAAUCGCCAUUGUUGCAUGACCUAAUCUAUUUGGAAGCGGCUAAUUUAGACAAAGACAUUAGAUCUGCUUCAAUUGAAUGUAUGAGCAGACUUAAAGUCAAUGAUGAUUAAGAAAUCCUCAAUUUAAUUAGAAAACCAAAAGACAGCUUGGAAUUGUUAUCGAAUCAUUCAAAAGGACUGCUUGUAUCAAUCCUAGAAGAUUAAUAUUACAUUAUCAGAAUAAAUGCGAUUAGGGCUAUUAUGAAUUUUAAUAAACAAUCCACUGUAUUUGCCAACCAUGUCUUAGAAAUAUUAAUUAAUAUGCUUAAUGAUGAAUGCGACUUAGUAAGAAUAGAAGCAAUCCAAGUCCUACUAAAUUACCCUAAAAUUGAAUUUAAUAGAGGAGAUUCCAAUGCAAUUAAAUUCAAUUUGAAUGAAUAAAGUUUCAAAUUAAGAAAAGCCAUCUAUGAUCUUAUUGGUUAAUCCAUAUUCCCAGAAACUCUCCACGAUAUUUUUGAAUCAAUCUGUUUGAAUCUAACCAAAUUCCCACAAGAUUUUAUAUACAUCGCCAAUUCAGUCAGGCAGUUAGCCCUUAAAAACCCUAAUAUUUUGUAGAUACCUGACAUCAUCAAAAGAGAAAGACUAACAUAAGAACCCAACAUUUACUAAGAAUCAUAGGAUUAUAUCGUCAGAAUGAUUUAUGCCUAUUACACUACAAGAAAAGAAUCUGAUCCAUUCUACUUUUCCAAGCAUUUCGCCUAUUUCUCUGAUAAAUAUCCAGACCUCUUUUAAUCCAAUAAAGUCACUCCAGAUGAAUUUUAUGCCUUUAAAUUGUAUAACGAUUAUUAGCAACUAAUGAAAGAAGUCUUUAAUUCUCUUAAAAUAUACAGAUUACAAGAAUGCAAAUAAAUCUAUUCAGAAUUAUGUGCUAAAUACGAAUUUGACCAAUCAAUUAUUCCUCCCCCUCCUUUAGAAUACAAUCAUGAGUUUAGAGUGCCUAAUUGGGAAAUCACUAAGUUUCAGAGCAGAUCCUUUAAGUUUAUUUUGCCACUAGAAGGAACUAAAUUCAAAGUUUAUCCAGAAUUUCCAUUAACCUUUGUAAUAUAGGGGGAGUUCAGAAAUUUGAAAAUGCCAGUAUCAAAAAAUUAUGCUAUCUAACUCCUAUUCAUGGAUGGAACAAGCGAACUUAAUAAGAUUUCUUAAAUUGAGGAUAACAUAAUUAAAGCUACUCUCGAGAUGUAAAGAAAAGUGCAAGACAUCUCUUAGGCAGCCAAAAUACUCUUUGUUCAAUUAGCAGAUGGAUUAUAAUUGGGUAACCCUAUAAACAUCUAUCUAUAAAUCUGA